GGACGCACCUUACCUGCCGUAGCUCCGCCUCCUGAGGCCGCACCUGUCCCGCCGCUCCUCGCUCUGCAUUCUGCACGUGAGGGCUCUCGACGCAAUUACGCUCACACACAGUUCCCGGCUCGGUGUUGUGGUGCCACCAUGUCAGAGUGGCUGGAUUACCUGAACGACUCGACCCUCGUCGCUCGCUUCCAGAGACAAUGCGGGCUCGUUCUGUCCGACGCCGGCCCCCGGGACAGCGGGGGGAGCACGGGGAAGGACCACCCGCUGCGAUCCGUCACACAGCGGGCCGGUAUGACACAUGGACACGUGUCGGAGAACUUGCAUCCGCAGAAUUCUCCCGAACAUAACCAAAAGAUGAACGGAUACAAAGGGAAUGAACACGGCGGGGUCAGGCCUCGGUACGAGGUGAGGAACUGGCCUCUCUACGUCCUCUUCCUGCUGUCGGCGGCGCUGGGACACGAGGUCUUCUACAUCACCGUACUGCCCGGCGUCCACUGGCACCUCGACCCCUUCCUCUGCAGACGGCUGGUCAACACCUGGACCCUGGUGAUGUACGUGGGCCAGGUGCUGAAGGACCUGCUAAAGCUGCCUCGCCCUCUGUCGCCCCCGGUGGUCAAACUGGAGAUGCGCGUCGACGCAGAGUACGGCCUUCCCUCCACGCACGCUAUGGCCGCCACAGCCAUCGCCUUCACCCUCCUGCUCAGCGCCACCUCAAGGAUCCAGUUCCAGUUUGAAGUGGGCCUGAUGGUUGCAGUGGUCCUGUCCUCUCUGGUGUGUCUGAGCCGUCUCUACACCGGCAUGCACUCACUUCUGGACGUCCUGUGUGGAGUGUGGCUGUCGGCGGGCCUCAUGCUCCUCACCUACCCCUACUGGGAGGCCUUCGACCGCUUCCAGCUGACCAGCCCCCUCUCCCCCCCGGUGCUGGUUGCCCUGCCCCUGUUCCUGAGCUACAACUACCCCCAGCUGGACCACUACAGCCCCACGCGCGCCGACACCACCACCAUCCUGGGCGUGGCGGCCGGCUGCUCCGUGGGCUACUGGACCAAUGCGCAGCUGGGUGUGACCUUUGAGCCCCCCCACGGGGCGCUGCCUGUGGCCCUGCCGCCACUGACGGCCGGGGCGCUGGCAGCGGGGCUGGCCCGCUACUUGGUGGGCGCAGCGGUGUUGCUGGCCACGCGGUGGGCCGUGCGGGCAGCCAGCCUGAGGGCGCUGUUUGCCUGGUACAGCGUGGAGCCCGGCGACGCCCCCAGCGCCGCCCGCCGGAGGGAGAUCGAGGUGCCAUCAAAGUUCCUGACGUACUCGGUGGUGGGGCUGGUGAACGCCGUGCUGGUGAACCGACUGUUCCUCCUACUGGGGAUCUUGUGACCACCAGAACCACCUGUGACCUCAUAUCCAGGACGCUGACGGUGAUACCGGUCACUCGUCCAACGCUACACAAUAGAGAUCCUGAGACACUGCUAGACCCUGCUUACAUAACUUUAUACCCACUCAUCAUGACACAAUGAGCCCAAUCCCAAUGUCUGGACUCACAGACUUUGCUGCGCCUUCUCGCGAAAUUAUUAAGGCUAGAGCUGUCCCAAUGUCGAAUUCCAAAGGGUGUGAGGGUUUGAGUCCACACUUACCGAGCCCUUUCCGUGGGUCUGCAUCAGUGCAAACUUCACCUAAGGGAAUUACCCACAGGUCAAAGCCUUGUGACGUUUACCACGGGGACCAUAGGGAAAUCCGGAAAUUAGGAAGGUAAACAACAAGACGAAGCUACUGUCAAUGCGCAACCAGAUGGGAAUUUUUCUGUGUUUUUUUUAGUGAGCCGGAUCAUUUGGAUCAGCUCACCAACAAGAGCCGACUCUUUUGGCUCCCAAACGGCUCAUCAUAUUACUUAUACCUUUUAUAAUUCAGCCAAAUGUAGCCCGUUCUGACUUAUGAUUAGUAUGUGUAGGCCAAUAAUCACCUAAUUCAAUACAUCCUUUAUACUGAUGUAUUCAAAAGUAAAAAUUAUAUUUUCUAAUAUCAAUAAAUUGCUGUAGCCGAUUGUUUUCAUUGCAUUUAAAAAAAAAAAAUUUUUAAUGAGAAUUCAGCAGCAUCUUUGUCAUUAAACGUUGCCAAGGUAACAUGUGCUCUCGUGAAGUGCUGUCCCAAUCCCAUAUAUAUAUACCUAUCUGAGCCCAUGUGUGCUGAACACUGAGUCAUACAGAUUUUUACACAUAUUUUGACCUCUUUAUUACUCACUUAGCACCUGAGAUCAAUUGAGUCUGAGUCCCGUGAGUCCAAGGACUGGAAAACCAGUCCGAUGGUGAAGCAUUCCUGGCCGUCUGUUUAGCCCUGCUGCUCUGCUCAGACUAAACAUACAGCAACAGGGCCGGUUGAUACGCUGUUCUGGAACAGCAUGUUGAAACAUGACCAACAUGCUCUGUACUGGAGCAGCAUGUUGAUCCAUGACCAACAUGCAGCAGGUGCUGAACACUGAGUCAUACAGAUUUUUACACAUAUUUUGACCUCUUUAUUUACUUUCUUUUAUUGUUGCUAUGUGGCUAUUUAGAAACCCAGCGUAAUAAUUGUGCUCUUGUGUACUUGUACAAUAAGAUGUAAUAAAAGUAAUUCUGAUUCUGA